ACCCCGCAGUCUGGUGUUGAGCGCCAGAAUUACUGACCGAAGCAGACGAAUAGAUUGUGUCGCCUACAUUGCGUUUCUAUCUCCUUUGGAACCAAAUCGACUCGAUGGUCAUUGUUGUCAACGAUGAUAAAAGCCAUCUUAGUGUUUAAUAAUCACGGUAAACCCAGGCUUACCAAGUUUUACCAGUUCUAUCCAGAAGAUUCCCAGCAGCAGAUAAUCAGAGAGACAUUCCAGUUAGUCUCAAAGAGGGACGACAAUGUGUGCAACUUCUUGGAAGGGGGAACGCUCAUAGGAGGAUCAGACUACAAGAUCAUCUACCGACAUUAUGCAACAUUGUACUUUGUCUUCUGUGUCGAUUCGUCCGAGAGUGAACUUGGAAUCCUGGACCUGAUUCAGGUAUUUGUGGAAACACUAGACAAGUGCUUCGAGAAUGUAUGUGAGUUAGACCUCAUCUUCCACGUAGACAAGGUUCACUACAUUCUUAACGAGCUGGUGAUGGGAGGGAUGGUGCUGGAGACGAACAUGACGGAAAUUAUUGGCAGAAUAGAGGACCAGAAUAAAAUUGAAAAGCAGGAGGCUGGACUUUCUGCUGCACCAGCACGAGCAGUGUCAGCUCUGAAGAACAUCAAAGAUAUAAAACUGCCAAGUCUGCCUCCACCAGCUGAAACUUUCUCCUUCUGAUGUUGUCAGAAUGGGGCUGAAGAACUCUCCUUGUCCACAAAUUGUUCUACGUCCACAAAUAUUGCGAUAAGACUAUAUAUACUUAACACGACUGGAUCAUCCGCAUCAUAAUCUUCAUUGUGGAGCAAUCAUCAUCAUUGUUCUUACAGGGAUGUAUAUAUCUUGAUUGGUCUGUGCAGAAGGUGAAACAAGGCAUGGGCAAAGCUGUGUAGCUUACCAAGGGUUGUGUAUAUCGAGGAAUUCAAAUAAAACAUUGAAUUAAAAUGA